AUGCAGACUCAUCUCCUAGUGGGACCCAUCCCACUCAAGGGCUGCCGUCGAUUCUCCUCCGUCUUCUCCGACGAUCUACUCUCUCCGUCGUACAAUCCGAUUUGCCGAGACCUAAACCAUCACCACCGUCGAAGGCACCGCGAAGGCAGAUCUCGGUGCCAGCGCAGUCGCCGGAAGACGAGUGUUAUAUCUGCGGCGUCUUCAGCUUCUAAUACCGGCGGGCAGAACCACUACGUUGUCUUGGGCAUCGCUCGCAACGCCACGCAAGUUGACAUCAAGAGAGCUUAUCGCUUGCUCGCUCGAAAGUUUCAUCCUGAUGUGAACAAGGACUCUAAAGCUGGAGAGCGAUUCAAGAGCAUUCGUUGUUCAUACGAAGUACUAUCUAAUGAAGCUACAAGGACUCAGUAUGACCAAGCACUUAAACUUGAAGAAAAUUCCCGGUACUAUAGAGUGAAAAGGCAUUACAACACAGCUGAGGUUGAAGAUGCUCCUUACAGCUGGUCUGAGAAAAGACGCGGAUCCAGAUAUGAGAGAUUCUAUGGACAGUAUUCUACAUAUCCUAACCCACAUUUCUACAGUGAAACCGAUAGCAGGCCACAGGAAGAAGAUAAAGAAACGAGACAAGAACAGCUAGAGUCCUUUGUCGAAGUUCUCAAAUCCACCUUCUUAUCGAUGUUACUUCUAUAUACAAUUGGGUGCCUAGCAUCUCUCACGUUUAGCACAUUCACAGCUUUGCUCGACAAGGAACUCGACAUGGGUUACAAAGUCGGGUUCAUGAUUGCAUGGAUACUAGGCGGGAAAGGCGGUAUCCUUCUCGCUCUGUGCCUAACAUUUGCAAGCUGGCUCUGUGGAAAAGCAAGCAGCAGUGUUGUGGUUCUCGUGGUAGUCGCUACGUGGGUUUGCUCCAAUUUAGCUAGACAUGCUCCUCUUCCACAAGGAGCUCUUCUCACCCUCCUCUACAUGUCAAUCAAGCUUCAAGUCGACUCGAGCUGA